AGGUAUAUAACGGAAAGAUUCAAUGAUGUUUUAAUGAAAUAUUCCCAAAUAUUGACAUAAUAUAUUCUGUACAGGAUCAAAUGCAAAAUUAACAACGAUAGUUUAUAUUAAAUGACAAAGAAUAAUUUAUUUAUAGUGUGAAUAAACGCUUGUUAAUAGAGAUCACAAAUGAAACCCUUUAAAAUUGUUACGUUUAUGUAUAUAUCAUCAGAAUAUUUACAUCAGUAAGUAUCAGUAAGUUCUUAAAUAAAUAAUUAUAAUUUGCAAAUUAUAAUUUGCCAUUACGUGAAAUAAAGAAAACUUUAGUUUGACAUAAUUAUUUUCAAAGCGUACGAAUUUGCAAGAUGUCUCAAGUUAAAGAAUUUCUUUUACGCAAAAACCAUUAUUUUAAUAUCAGUCUCGCAUUUUUCUAUACGAAGAAUUUCAGUUUAGGUAUCAGUUUAGGAAUAUACUUAAUAGAUAGGAUGGAAAUGUCGCGGUUUCAUGACAUGUCUUUCAGUUUCUUUCUCUUUGUCUUGUCCUCCCUCAUCUCCCUCUGUUCUCAUAUACGAGCGCAUUCUAUUUCACUUCCUCAAACGUUCUUUCUCCUCCUUACACUCGCUGUCUCCGUUUUCCUCCUCAUUGCUCCGAUGUCAGCUCCUUUUCUUCCGCCGUCCGGUGUCGUUGGCGUCAUAUGAUUGCGAGCGUGUGGCUGUAGCUGUCAGUUUACCACAGAAUCUCGAUCUGAUCGACACGCGGGGGAUUCGAAGGUGCUUCAAACUAUCGAAAUCAUACGUUGUCCGUUUUCUGUUGUGCUUCCUAUUUCUCUUGACCGGCAAAACGCGAAAAAUUGAGAAUUGUGCUUUUUUCGUUCAUGAAAAACAAGUGACGAAGGAUGGAAGCACAUGUCAGAAACGUGAACAACAGUAAAUACAACGUAAAUACUGUGCUGACAGAAGCGUACGUGCCUACGUCAGAGACAUCCCUCACUACUGAAGAAGAGGACGCGAUCGUGACGUUAGUGGUCAUCGUGAUUGGCAUUAUUAUCGCUAUAGUAGUGUUAUUUUCAAUGGGUAUCUUCAUAGACUGCAAACAUCAAGAGAAAGAUUCCAUGAAAAGGAGAAGAUUGAGACUGAAAAUGCCACCAUUUGUACGACAAAAUCAUAAAGAAGAUGUAAAAGCCUUAGCUUCGGAUAUGUAUUUCAAUAGUGACAUCGAUUUCAAAGCAAGAGAUGCUAUAGUCUAAUGUUCGGGAAAAAUUACAAUACAUAUUUUACUUUGAUUUUUCUUAUAAAAAAUUUAAGAAUUUCAUAACAAUUAGCUAGUAUUUAAUAUUGAAAGGUGUAAGAGAACCGUGUUACAACCGUGAUUCUUAUAGUUAUAAUUCUCAGAGAAAUACAUACAAUACACCUGCUAUUCAUCAAAGAUAUGAAACGGAGUUGAUAAACUUGGAAUAAUGGACAAGGUGACUUAUAAUUAAAGUUAAUCUGAACAGUAA